AUGGAGAAAUUCUUGGCUCCGCCGUCGCCAAAAUCUACACCAGUUGUCAGGCGACAAUGGAAGCGAUCUUUAAUCGAAUUGAAUGGGCGACUGGAGGCAGAGUACCGACACGAAUUGUACACUCGUCUUGCUCAUUCCUACUCCGAGAUUGGGAAUUUUCCACAUCUUUAUCACGCGAACGGUGUGCUAUGUCAAACCCAUAUCAACGAGAGGAUCCUUCGCGACAUACACCCGUAUCACUCGACAUGGCGAGGUGUUACGGGGCUUGAGUUUGACAACAAGGGAAUAUACAUAGUGUCUGUCACAAGAACUGGUUGCCUGACCGUGCAUGACUUUGACACUCUAUAUUGUCAGAGUAAAGCUGGCCCAGGUUGUGUGGAAAAUGAGGAAAAGCAUGUUGUGCAUUUGUCUUUUCCUCCGGGUAAGGAAUUCGAUGUCGCUAGAUGGAAUCCUACAAACCAGAAUGAGGUAGCUUGCACAUCGAGGAAACGGGAUAAAGUCUCUAUCUUCGAUAUCAGUUACAUGUCCUCCAAACCAACUGAGGAAUUGCAAACUAAACAGAAGCUCUCGAUCGUUGGCCGCAAAAUAUCUAAUGGUUUAUCUGAUGUUGCCAUUACUAGUUAUGGAGAUUCAAGAAUAUAUGCUCCAGAUACGUCUGGUAAAGUUCAUGUGUGGGAUAGAAGAGCUGGCGUGUCUCCAUGCAUCGAACUUUCAAUAGACAAAUAUGAUGUAAUCAAUAGUAUUCAGAUACAUGUAGAUAAUCAGACUAUUUUUGGAGCUGGUAAAGAAGGAAGCAUUCAUAUCUGGGAUCUUCGUGGAGGAAGAAACUCUACUGCUUUUCAGAGCCGCAAAGAUAUGAACCACUUACCUGUAGUAUCUCUUUGUCUUGCACCGAUGCUGUGGAAGAUCGCAUCUCUUAAGGCACAGUCAGAAAUCGUCUCAAAGGAAAUCCAUUCCAUUAAUGUAAACCCAUCUGCUCCUCAUCAACUCGCAUUUCACCUUGACGAUGGUUGGUCCGGUGUUGUUGACAUUCAUAAAUCUCAGCUUACUCAUGUACAUUGCCCUCCUCCAGCUUGGUUGGAUGGUUCCAGCAAUUCAGCUGAUUUGAUCUUGCGGAAACCUUCAUGGCUGCCAACAUCAUCUAUCUAUGUGGUUGGAUCCAUGAGCGAGAAAGGGAUUCAUGUUCUUGAUUUUCAUCCAAGCUCCAGGUCUCCUUGUCACGUCGACUACGAUGAGGAUUCACAGGGGAAGGAGAACAGGGACAGGUGUAAUCACAGUAACAAGUUUGUUUCAUUGUCUGAAACUGUCACAGGUUGCACUGCACAUCCUCUCAACAGCAUGAUCGUAGCUGGAACUCAGAAAGCGUCGUUGCUUUUGAUCGCACAGAGACAUUGCUCAUCUACAUCAGAAACUGGAGAAGGUUAA